AUGGAGGAAGGUAGGAAGGGGCAGUGCUCAAGUUUGAAUCAAGUGUCGAAGACCUGGAGGAAAAUGUGGAGCUUGCAAGCACCUCAUGCCACGAAGUCCUUUCUGUGGAGAGCAACUAAGGAGUCCCUUCCCACAUGUUUGAACUUGUAUAACAGAAAGAUAGUUGAUUCUCCCCUCUAUCCAAUCUGCUCCAGUGCUCCUGAGUCAAUUACUCAUGCCAUUUGGUCAUGCUCAGCUGCACAAGAUGUUUGGUCUAUGAGUUCUAGAAGAAUACAGAAACAAAAUGUUCAAAGUGGCCCCUUUUUAGAGGUUCUGAAACCUAUGUUAGAGAAUCUCUCCUCCCAUGAGCUAACAGAAGUGGCAGUUAUAGCAAGAGCUCUAUGGAACAGGAGGAAUCUAUGGCUAUUUGAGCAAUUAUUUCACUCACCCUUCCAGGUGAUAAGCAGGACUGAGUGGACUGCCCCUCCGCCAGGUUUCUACAAGGCUAAUUGGGAUGCAGCAGUGGAUAAAGAGAACUCCAAGAUUGGUGUGGGAGUGGUUGUAAGAGAUUCGAGUGGUAUGGUCAUAGCUUCAGUGUGUUCAUCCAUCUUCUUAAAUCCAGAUCAUUUGCUAGGGGAAGCAGUAGCAGCUCUUAAAGCAUCUACACUUUGCUUUGAUAUAGGAUUGAAUCAGGUCAUGUUAGAAGGAGAUUCAUCAGCAGUGGUUCAAGCUGUCCAACGCAGAGAUGAGUGCUGGAGCCCCACGGGUCUGGUGGUUAGAGAUAUUAAGCUUGUUUUUGUGAAUUCGUCCUUGGUCUAUUCAUUAUAUUUCUAG